CGCUCCUGGGAGCGGACCCAUGUUCAGAACCACCACGGUGGCCGUGGAUGAGGAAGGUGGCGAUGAGGACGACUCCGCAGCCAACAGCAGCUCCUUCACCCAGACGACUUCUGGCCAAGCUGAGGUGGCUGUGGACAGAGGUUUCCUGAGCACCGGACAAGCGGGUGGCGCCGUUCUGCCAAGCCAAAUGCCCACGCAGGCAGCGCAAGCGAUCAGUUUUGGCAUCAAGAAUACGUUGGGGACUCCGCUGCAGAAGAUCGGCGUGUCGUUUUCAUUUGCCAAGAAGACUCCGGUGAAACUGGAGACCAUCGCCUCUGUUUUCAAGGACCACGUGGAAGAAUCGAGUUCUGCGGAUGGAGCGAAAGCUGAUGAGAGAGGGUCCUCGGAUGCAGGGAGCCUGCAGAAACCUGGCGAGGGCGAAAGCGCAAAUAAUUCUGAUGGCAAGGCGGAGGAGGAUGAGCAACAUGACAAGGAUAGCGGCUCUCUAGCCACUACCCUGUCUAAACUAAAAAAGAUGAGACGAGAGGAUGGACCGAUGGCAGUUGAACCAGAGUAUUACCACUAUAUUCCCCCAGCCCACUGUAAAGUAAAGCCUAACUUUCAAUUCCUGCUUUUCAUGAAGUCUACCGAACAAAUGGAAGCUGAAAAUGUGAACAAAAAAGCCACGCAUGAAGCGAAAAAGGGCAGUUCUCCAAAACCCAAACCCGGCAAGCACGCGGAGAAGGCUGCUGAGAGCACGGGGCAGCAGAAGGAGCAGAGCGCUGCUGAAACUGCAGCUCAGCAGAGCAAAACGGAGCUCAAAGAAGUCCCGGAAAAUGCGAGUGUGCAGGAGAGCAAACACCCUACGGAGAGCAGCCUCCCUGAGCCUGACACUGCUAAAGAAGCCUCUCAGCCUGUCCCGGGCUGCAAAGAUGUCUCGGAAGGACCCAAGCAUCCACCAGGACCUUUCAUCCCCGUUCUGAGCAAAGACGAGAGCACGACUCUCCAGUGGCCUUCAGAGCUGCUCAUAUUUACCAAAGCAGAACCCUCCGUUUCCUACAGCUGUAACCCCCUGUAUUUUGAUUUCAAGCUCUCGCGCAACAAAGAUGCUAAAGGUAAAGGGGCAGAGAAGUCUAAGGAUGCGGGGGGUCUCUGUAAGGAAAACGUUCAGGGCGCAGAGGUUGAGGUAAGCAAAGCCAAGGAGGCGGAAAGCGUAGCAAACAGCUCUGCUCUGAGAGUGGAAAACAAAUCUCUGUCCGCCUGCGGCUCCCAAAACAAGCAGGAAUCCGGUUUGACAAGCGUUAGUAAGGGGGAGGGAGAGGACAGUGGUAAAAGCAUCACUGGUAAGAGUAAAUCUGGCAGGUCCCAUAAACACAAAAAGAAAAAGAAGCACAAAAAGUCCAGCAGGCACAAACGUAAACACAAGGAGGAAGCCGAUGAGAAGGGCCGGAAAACUGACCUGGGGGAAGAGAAACCCAAGAAACGGAAAAGGCGCAGGCACAAAAAAGGCAAAUCCUCCCUUUCUGCUGAAUCGGAACGAGCGCUGAAAAUCGAAGCGUCUGAAGAUUGCGGCCAUUUCCAGAAGAAAAAGUGGUGCUCUCAGGAGUCCCAGAGGAAGUCGCUGUCUGCUGAAGAGGGAAGCAGCGGUAAAAAGGAGGAUGGCGGUAACUCCUGCCAGGAGCACGGCAGCAAGAAGCACAAGGCCGACCUGCAGCAGUUCCCCGCCUCGAGGAGUUACUCGGAUGACAGCUACAGCGACUACAGCGACCGCUCCAGGUGCCACUCCAAGCGGUCCCACGACUCGGAGGAUGACUCCGACUACAACAGCUCGAACCACAGGUCCAAGCGGCGCAAGUACUCCUCUUCUGAGGACGACUACAGCUCCAGUCGCAGCGGGUCCAGGAGUCGAAGCAGGAGCCGAACCCACCCUCGAGGCAGGGCCAGAACGAGGAGCAGGGGCCGCAGCUACAGCAGGGAUCGCAGCCGCAGCACGAGGAGCCACUCGCAGAGGUCUCUCUCGCGAAAGGGCUCUCGAGGCCACGAGAGCCCCGAGGAGAGGAGAUCCGGGAGGAGAGACUUCAUCAGGUCCAAAAUCUACCGCUCGCAGUCUCCUCACUAUUUCCGGACCGGUCGAAGCGAAGGAUCGUCGCUGAAGAAAGAGGACGGUAAAGGAGAGGAUCUGAAAGGAUCUGGCUCGCUCUCCCAGAACAGCAGCAGCUCAGGCACGGGCAGGGCCUCGGAAGGCGACUGCAGCCCGGAGGAGAGGAACUCGGUCACUGCCAAACUCCUCCUGGAAAAGAUCCAGUCCAGGAAGGUUGAGAAGAAGCCCAGCGUCACCGACGAGAUGCUGGCGGGAGCAAACAAGGUGGGCAUAAAGCUCAAAGAUCCUCCCCAGGGCUACUUUGGCCCGAAACUUCCUCCUUCCUUAGGCAACAAACCGGUUCUCCCCUUAAUCGGGAAAUUGCCGACCGUUCGGAAACCCAGUGCCAAAAGAUACGAGGAGUCUGGCUUGGAGAGGGGCGAGGAGCAAGAGCUGUCGGACUCCGAGGACGUCUCCCAGGGCAUCGAGGAGGCUCAGUUGGGCGGCCAGUCUCUCCUGGAAGAAGUGGUGAUGGCGAGGCAGGACAAACCUCUGGACGAGCAGAAACGGGAGGAACCUGCCGUGGAAAUGCCAUCCCUCCCCCUCGAAGCGCCGUCGCUC